AUGCGUGCCAAAGCCUUUCCUGACUUCGUGCCUGCCAAGGCGAUUGUCUAUCGUAAGGAGGAGGUGAAGGAAGUGAAGGCUGAGGAGACUGCGGAAGAUGAGGACGAGGGGGGAGAUGAGGAUGCAGAGGAGGUCUCCUCGGACAUCCCCGACUACGACGGUCCACCCCGCUGCGUGGUGUUAGUCAGACCCUCUGCUAACGCCGCCUUUCGGAACGACAUUCUGGAGACGCUUAAGUCCUCCGGAUUCGAGGUUCAAAUCACGCGUGAGUUCAUCUUAACAGAGGAAGCAGCUACCGAAUUCUACGAAGACAGGUCGGCCUUAGCCAUCUUCGACGCGCUAAUCAAAGAGAUGAUAUCUGGACCAAUACUCGUCAUAGUUGUAGCUAAGGAGUGGUAG